GAACAAUGCGUACCUGCAUCUUGGCGAUAACGUUUAAGUUUGAUGUAAAUGAAGGAGAUAUCUUAAGAAUAACAGGAUACAAAUGGCUGAGUAACCGAUAUCGCCUGGACAUUUUGCAAUUCAAUGUGACAGCCAAAGAUGCUCUUUGCUUCAAGUACUUUGAUGUAGACCGCAUGUUUCAUUCCUGUACGACACCUAGCAUCGAAUGGCCUCCCAUUAAGGGGAUGACAUACACAAUAAGGGAUUGGGUACCUGACAGUACUAAGUUUCCUCCCGGCUUGCCAGAAGGAAGGUGGAAAAUAGCGAUGCGGUUAUUUACUUACGGGAAACACGUCAUGUCUAUCAACUGGUAUUACGUCGUGAAAUACAAACUUAGAAUGGAGGAUUAA